CAUCUGACGGCAGAAAACACCUGCACCAGUUUCAUUCACUGUCACUUUGCAUUUCUUCCGUGCAUGCGUGUGUGUGUGUGUGUUUGCAUCCCUCAGGCAGCCACAGAGGACCAUGGCAUUUGCAGGGAUGCUGAGCGACGAGGACAUCAAGGCUGCAGUCCGGGCUUGUCAAGCUCCGGGCACAUUCGACUUCAAGUCCUUCUUUACACAAGUGGGACUGACUGGCUCAUCUGAUGCAGAUAGAAAAAAAGUUUUCACGGUCCUGGACCAAGACAGGAGCGGAUACAUCGAGGAGGAGGAGCUUCGCCUGUUCCUUCAGAAUUUCUGUCCAGAGGCCAGAGAGCUGACUGUGGCCGAGACCAAGAAUCUGAUGGCUGCAGGAGAUAAGGACGGCGAUGGCAAGAUUGGGAUGGAAGAGUUCUGUGAUCUCCUGAAGUAA